UUGUCGUCGUCGAUCGAGCGACGACGGCGACGACGACGACGGCGUCGCAAGCGGUGGAAGAAGAAGAAGAGUCGACGACGACAACGACGACAACGACGACGACGACAACGAAGAAACCGACGGACAUCGUGGGACGUCUUUUUGUUUCGUCUCCUGGACUCGAGGAGGACGAUAAAGAAGGAAAAGACAAAGAAAAAGAAGAAGAAAAAGAAGAAGAAAAAGAAGAAGAAGAAGGAGAAGACGACGACGUCGGCCUAUCGUUCUUUCUUCUUCUCCUCCUCCUCCUCCUCUUCUUCUAUUUCCUCUCUCUAUUCUCCCAUAGCGAGAGACGACGCGGUAUUAGAGAAGCUCCAGAAGAAGCACGAGCCUACCACCACCAUCGCCGCCGCGGCUUGGAUGGAUACUGUGCAUUAUUUCUGGAGUGCAUCCACGUCGCCGUCAUCCUGACCUGCCCGAGAAAUCCUCAUGAAAGACUGGGAACUCAGUACUCAGAAUAGCAUCGGCAGUGCGGUGGCUGCAGCCGACACCAUUUCCGCGCCGUGGACUCCCGCGAGUUCCGGGCCGCCGCCCGACGCCAACGGCUCCGGCUCGGAUACGAAGAACCUCGACGUUGGCGAAAUUAGCGAUGACGAAAAGGAUCUGUCGGCGGCGGACGCGGAGGGAGUAUGGUCGCCGGAUAUCGAGCAAAGCUUCCAGGAAGCUCUCACCAUAUAUCCGCCAUGCGGCCGACGCAAAAUUAUCCUUUCCGACGAAGGGAAGAUGUACGGUCGGAACGAGCUGAUCGCCCGUUAUAUCAAAUUAAGGACCGGUAAGACGAGAACACGAAAGCAGGUCUCCUCGCACAUACAGGUCCUAGCGAGGAGAAAACUUCGUGAGAUCCAGGCGAAACUCAAAGUGGAUCAUGCCGCCAAGGAGAAGGCUCUCCAGACAAUGUCGAGCAUGUCGAGCGCCCAGAUAGUAUCAGCUGGGAGUGCGAUACACAACAAGAUGCCCCCCGCCCUCGUGGGGCCCCUUGCCCUUCACGCUUCCACCCCUGUCUCCUAUCCCGGAGCGCAAUUCUGGCAGCCAGGUCUGCAGCCAGGAACCUCCCAGGAUGUCAAGCCGUUUCCACAACCUGCGUACACCGGUAAACCGGCGACGGCGGUCUCGAGCGGUGACAUGGUACAGGCACAGCCUCCGCCACCUUGGGAAGGACGAGCAAUUGCAACUCACAAGCUAAGGCUCGUCGAGUUCUCGGCAUAUAUGGAUCAGCAAAGAGAUCAGGACAUUUACCACAAGCAUCUGUUCGUCCACAUAGGAGGAUCAGCGACCUAUGCCGAUCCAUUGCUCGAAGCUGUCGAUGUAAGGCAAAUAUACGACAAAUUCCCGGAGAAGAAGGGUGGUUUGAAGGAACUUUACGAUAAGGGACCGCAGGCUGCCUUUUUCCUUGUUAAAUUCUGGGCCGAUCUCAAUACCAAUAUUCAGGACGAAACUGGAGCCUUUUAUGGCGUUACGAGCCAGUACGAGAGCAACGAGAACAUGACGAUAACGUGUUCGACGAAAGUCUGCUCCUUUGGAAAACAGGUGGUGGAAAAGGUGGAGACGGAGUACGCCAGGUUCGAAAAUGGCAGGUUCGUCUAUCGUAUCAGCCGUUCACCGAUGUGCGAAUAUAUGAUUAACUUCAUCCACAAGUUGAAGCACCUGCCAGAGAAGUACAUGAUGAACAGCGUUCUCGAAAACUUCACCAUCCUUCAGGUUGUAACGAACAGGGAUACGCAGGAAACAUUACUGUGUACGGCAUAUGUGUUCGAAGUGUCGACGUCCGAGCACGGUGCACAACAUCACAUAUACAGAUUGGUCAAGGACUAACCUGCUCGAACCUGCUCGCCAUGCAGCCAUCUACCCCCAUCAGUGCCUACCAUCACAUAAAAAGAAUCAUCCGUACGCGUAUAAUAUACACUAAAAAUACACUGAAUACAUAAAAUCACACGCGCGAGGAGAAACACGAAUAUGAGAAUACAAUGAGAUGUAGACUCAUUGUUCAUACUACUAUAUAUAUAUAUAU